GAGCCAAGAGAACAGCAGAACAGCUGAACAGCUGCACCACAGACUGCAGACAACCAGACCACCGAACAAAGAAAGACCACAGCACAGCAGCACAGCACAACUAGCGAAGGUAGAAGGCAGACCGCGAUCCACGAUAUUCGAUCUUCACCCAUGGCAACUGCCGAAUCGACUCUUGUGGCAUACGCUCCAAGCAGCUCGGAUGAUGACGACCCACAACACCAGCGGCACCCACGGCACGACGCCGCACGGCUAUGUGGCUCUUCGACUUCCGCUAUGCACAAGAGAAACCUUUCUGAAUGGCAUCAAGUUGCGAAAGACAUCGCUUUGCUCCAGCCGUCCUCUGCCUUCAUGGAAUGUGUUAUUUCCAUCCUGCGUGCUUGUAUGGACGCAAGGCAAGAGAAUAGUAGUUUUAGCGACCGCGUGGCUGCAUCCGCACAACAGAGGCCGGGGAAAAUAGAAAUAGGGGAAUGGGGCAAAGAGGGCGUGCUGGGAGCUAGCUGGGGAGUGGUGUAG